UAAACCAUUAUAGUAAUGUUUUAUAUAUAAAUCAUAGUUUGUUUAAUGUUUUGUCCAAAGUAUACAAGAACAUAUUGUAUGUUCAUAAUGUCUAACUAAUAUUGUGCUUUUAAAUUGUGCUUGAAACUUAAAAUUUAUAAGAACAGAAGAUGGCUUCACAUUUAAGUACCCGAGAUCGUUUGCUGUCGCAGAUUGAUGAUAUUGAGCUGAUUGCCAAGGAAAUAAUUGAGGUAGCUAUAGCCCCUAAGUCGCAGAAGUUAUCAGCAGCGGAUCAUGCACAGUUAACAGAAUUACUGCUGUCUAAAGAUGCAGAAUUAAAGAAAACUUUAGAUUUGGCAGAUGAACAAGCAAAAAUACAAGAAAAAAUGAAUGAGCUUAAAGCUGAGGUGUACAACAAGGAUCAAGAUAUUUCACUUCUUCAACGGCAACUAAAAGAUGCUGAGCAAAUAUUGGCGACAUCAUUAUAUCAGGCUAGACAAAAGUUAGCCUCAAUAGUUAAGUCUAGAAAAAGACCCGUACCUUCUGAAGAAUUAAUUAAGUUUGCGCAUAGGAUAAGUGCAUCAAAUGCGGUUAGUGCUCCGUUAACAUGGCAGCCUGGUGAUCCAAGAAGACCGUACCCCACAGAUCUUGAAAUGAGACUUGGAAUGUUGGGCCGACUCUGUGAUUUACCUCUAAAUGGACAUGCACCGUCCACACUUAAUGACCUACACAGAAUCACUACUGGAGGAGUACCCGCUUCAGCGACAAAUCAAUUCACCUGGCACCCAUCGGGGGAACUCCAUAUGUCAGUGGGUGGUGGGAACUCUGUGGCCAUCGAUGGUCGCGGUAAGGAUGCGCCGGCGCAGGAAGAUGUCGAAGUUAUGUCAACAGACUCUAGCUCUAGUUCUAGCAGUGAUUCUCAAUAGAAUUAAUUCGUUUUUAAGUGCUGAAAUUUUAACCGCUGUGUAUAGUGUAAUAGUGCAGAUGUAUGAUUGUAUGUAUGUAACGUCGUUAUAUAGUUGUUGAGUCUUAAUAAACUUUUUCUUAUUCA